AAAAUACGCACCGUUUCGAAAAUACCCUCUCUCUCUCUCUCUCUCUCUCUCUCUCCACGUCUCCGAUGCUCUGAGCACCGAGCACAUUCAUUCCGACGACUAAUUCACUCGUUUUUCCUCAACCCCAAGAAGAAAAUCUGGUAUCUCUAACCCUAAGCUACUCUCGAGGUGGAAAUGCAUAUACCUGUGUAUUAGGGUUUUGAAUUUGGGGACGAAGAAGAAGAAGAAGAAGAAGCAGUAGAAAUGCCGUUGACGAGGUACCAGAUUAGGGACGAGUACAGCUUGGCGGAUCCGGAGCUCUACGGAGCGGCCGAUAGAGAUGAUCCAGAGGCUCUCUUGGAAGGCGUGGCCAUGGCCGGCCUCGUCGGUGUCUUGCGCCAGCUCGGUGACCUUGCCGAGUUUGCCGCUGAGAUAUUCCAUGACUUGCAUGAAGAAGUAAUGGCAACUGCUGCAAGAGGCCAUGGUCUUAUGGUUCGGGUUCAACAGCUUGAGGCAGAAGUUCCUUCCAUUGAGAAGGCGUUUCUGUCACAAACAAGUCAUUCAUUAUUCUUUUCAAAUGCAGGUGUGGAUUGGCAUCCUAAUCUGCAUGCGGAACAGAAUCUGGUAACUCGGGGUGACUUGCCUCGCUUUGUGAUGGACUCUUAUGAAGAAUGCAGGGGCCCUCCCCGGUUAUUUCUGCUGGACAAGUUUGAUGUUGCGGGGGCUGGAGCCUGCUUAAAGCGUUAUACUGAUCCGUCAUUCUUUAAAGUGGAGCCAGCAUCCUUUGGAGCAGCAAAAACAGAAGGUCAGAGGGAAAAAAGAAUCCGCAAAGUGAAGAAAAAAGGAUCACGCUGGAGAAAUGGAGAAACACCUGAAGUACAACCCCCGUCACAUGCCAAAUUGCAACAGUUGUUUCUGGAGGAGCGUGUUGAGAAUGGUUAUGGUAACCCUUCAUGCCUUGUGAAAUUGAAGAGAAGGCAUUUGAAUGGAUCUCCAUUUGACUCAAAAACUGGGAAAAGUUACAUGGAGAAAUUCCUGGAGCCUUCCACUCCAAAGCAGAAGGUUCUUCAUGAAAUUUCUGUCCCUUCACCAUUGAAAUUGACACUGGAUAAUUCUAGUGAACCAGGGCUUGAAAUACUUGAAAUCAGUAUGGUUAGUCCUGCAAAGAAGUCAUCCCAAGGAGAGGGAAGUGCAUGUUCCUCCCCUAAUGAAAAGGAAGUAGUUUCAAUACCAUACAGGGAGAAGUUUAAUGGGGAUGUCAUUGAUGGAAAAAUCAUGAAGGUGCCUGAACCAGCUGAUCUUGAUACGAAUGAUAUUUCUUCUUCCACCCUCCAUAAGGUAGCAUUUGUAGAGGAACUAGCAGUUGAUGGUGAACUCAAAACAGAAGGCAGUGCAGAUGGAUACCAUUCUGAAGAUUUGACCAGUGAGAUAGACAAUUACAUGGAUGCUCUUACCACUAUGGAUUCAGAAAUGGAAACCGAAAAUGAGUAUAGAACUAAGAAUAACGGCCUCUUGAUUGCCAAAAACCGUGGGAGAAAUUCUGAUGGAGAUGAAGAAAAUCUGGAGUUCCAAGCUCACUCUUCUGAUUCUCAAUCAUUUGGAAACUCCCCUGCAUCAGAUUAUGGGAAUGGUUCAAUCAAAUGUAACAGAUCCAGUUUUUCCGACUCUGAUACGUUAAGCAGUUCGGCUGAGAAUGCAACGUCUGGCGGUGAUGGAGCAGCUAAAGUAUUCUUGUCUUCAGAACCUGGUGCAGCUAAGGGUGUGGAUAGGCCAUCCAGCCGGCUAACAGAUGAGUCUCAGGGAACCAGAUCGCAUGAGCUUGUAGUGCCAUAUGAUUCAGGCAUUGAGGAAGACAAGACCCCUGAUCUUGGAGAAGCAUCAUGUAGUUCAUGUCUUACAGAUUCCAGUCCUGCCCUACUGCCUUCAGAUCAUGGAGUACACUCACCACCAGAUGUCUUAGUGGGUCCUGAAGUAGAGGAAGCAACCUCUGAUUCUAUUGAGGUUGGUUCGAGGUUAUCAUACACAGAUGAAAAUGGGGCUAAUAGAGCCGAUGGUAAAGCUUUUGGCUCUGACGGCCCCUCCAAGACUCUGAAUGAUAUUCGUUUUGUGGGUUCUGCUGAAAAUCAUCUGGAUGGUGAAGAUCCAAAUGCUGUUUCUAAUGUUUUGCUGCAUUUGUCUGAUGUUUUAGGGAUUACUCCUGAAAAUAAAGGAACUGAUCAUUUUCCUAAUGACGUGCUUCAAACAGAAUCCGCAGAUGAAGAUUAUUCUGAAAAUUUGGUUGAUGGAAAGAUUGUCGCAACGCAUUUAAGUGUUUUGCCUAAUUUAAGUGUUUUGCCUACAGAAAAGCAGCAACUUUGCUCAUUCUUGCCAGAAGUAGAAGUGCAUUCAGAUGUUAUACCAACCAUUUGUUCUUCAGAUGGUAUAGAGCCAUAUAAACUAAUUUCCAAAGCUGAUAAUGCUCGUACGGAAAAUGGAAUUAACUUGGAAAACUCAACUCCUCUGGUGGAAACUCAAAAGUCAAACAACUUAGAGCAGCAGAAACUCUCUGAUUUAACAAAUAUUGUUCCAGAACUUGAACUUGCUUCUGUAGAAUUGGAUGAUCCAUAUACUGAUGAGCAAUCAGAUUUUGAUAAGAUUCCAAGGGCAGCAGAAGGUGAGGAAAUAAUGGGUACAUCCACCUGCUGUGUGGAUGCAGUGGGAGGUGAUGCUGUUCCCCUCAAACUUCCAUAUACUUUUCCAAAUUACACAUGCCAUGAGGAUCAUAUAAACUUGGAUUCUGUAGAAACUGAACAAGUUAUAGCAGAUGUGUCUUUGUCUACUGCUGCCAUUACUGGUGCAGACAAUGAUUCGGAUGACUGCAUUCAUCCAUGUCCAGAUCUAGCUUCCAGGAAUCAUAUAAAAUUGCAAGAACCUCUUUCUGAAUUUCCCCAUCCCCAUCCGAAAGGCACAGAUUGUAAGGAGGUAGAUUCUCCAGAAAAUCUUACAGAAACUGAGGCACAAGACAAAGUGAAUCUGCUGGAAGUUUCUCCUGCAGAUACGCCAUGCAAAUUAGUCUCUUCUGACCAUUGCAAUUUAAAAACAGUUGCUGGUGAUGAUGAAUCAUCUCUGGCUGAAGAAACCCAAUAUACUUCGUGUGGCAAAGGUGCCACCCCAGCCCCAACAUAUUCAGCACCCGGCAAUCAACAUUUGGAAUCAAAUUCUCCCCAUCAAAGUCAUCUUCUAGAGAAUAGUGAAGCUGAGUUGUGUUUACCUAUUGGUGGCCUCCCAGGGCCAGGGGAUCCUAAAGCGAAUUCAUUGCAAUUUGAAUCUGAUGAGGUAAGUUUGCAAGAAUAUGAAGCAACUUGUAACUCUUCAAGACUUCAAUCUGGGCAGAUACAAUCUCAGAAUCACACAGAUCAUGAAAGAUGUGAACAAUUACAAUCUUUAAAUCACUUAGAAAAGUGCGUUGAUCCUCCUCCUCCUGAAUCUCAUUCUGAAUACCUUCCAUGCCAACCUUCAGAAUCAGAAUUCUUGUUGCGGUCAUCUGGCCUGGAACUUGGUGUUUCUAAGCUAGCAAUGGAUCCACUGGAGUCUGCCCUUCCUAGCUUUGGCCUGCUACCUCAGGCAGCUCACGUAAAUCUUGAGGAGGUGCCACCAUUGCCACCUCUACCUCCUAUGCAAUGGAGGAUGGGAAAGACUCAAAUUGCUUCUCUAGCAUCUCCAAGAUAUUCAAUUGAAGCUAGUCAGCAUUCAUUCCCACCCUUACAGCCAUUUGCUGAUGAGAAAGCUCAAUUUGGUUUUCCAGCAUCCCAGACACGGAUUUUGCAGCAUCAGAACCCAUAUUUUCCCAUCACGACCGUAGAAGAUGAGAAAUCCCAACAAGUUUCUGAACAAUCAAUGGACAAUUUGGCACAGCUGAUCCCAUUCUCUUUGCAAUUGCAAACGAUAGCUAGUGAUGCAGAUAGUCAAUCCAAUUACCUCUCUUUAGGGGGGACACAAACCCCAUUUUUAACAUCACCUUCAAUGCCUAAUGAGAGACCUGAAUAUGGUGUCCUUGCCUUGGAUGGAGAGAAGGCUCACCUUAACUCAAUCCCAUUCACACCAAUGCCAACCAUUGAAUACACAACUUGUAGACAUGAUCCUGAAUCUUCGCUAGAGAAACCAAUUGAGCCUUCCCAACAAUUAGGACCAGAAACAGGGUCAGUGGAUAAAGAACUUCAACCCACUCUGCACUAUUAUUCAGAAGAAGAAUUGCAAAAUCCUUUUGACAUGUCUAUGCCGCCACCAACUGUGGAAGCAGAACAGUGUCAGCGUGCUUUAUUGACUUCAGAUGGAGAAACCCCCCAAGUAGAAGGCGUUGAAGUGGGAAAGCCAAACGGAAAUCUAGCAACUAAGCUUCCUCGUCCUCCAAAACCUCUCAUUGAUGCUGUUGCUGCUCAUGACAAGAGCAAGUUGAGAAAGGUAGCUGAACGGGUUCGGCCUCGUGUUGAACGAAAGAUAGAUGAAAGAGAUUCAUUGCUAGAACAGAUACGAACGAAGUCCUUCAACUUGAAGCCAGCGGUGGUGACAAGACCCAGCAUGCAUGGUCCGCAAACCAAUCUGAAGGUUGCUGCCAUCUUGGAGAAAGCAAAGACAAUACGCCAGGCAUUUGCCGGAAGUGAUGAAGAUGAUGACUCAGAUAAUUGGAGUGAUGCUUGAAAAAGCUAGGUGUAUGAUACUACGGCAUUUUACUACUUUGCAUAUCACCUUGAAAUGGUUUGAGAGAUUUUAUUCUCUCGCCUGUAGUUAAUAGAAAAUUUCUAUUCUCUGGUGCAUUCUUUCUUCCUGCUCCACAUUCAUGUAUAAUACACCCCUCAUCAGCAGUCCCCUCCCUGCCCCCUUCUGUGUUUGCCUCUCUCCCAUUGAAUAUGUAUUCAGCGGCUUGUACCCAUGCUCUACCUACUGAAAAUCAGUAUGGAGUCGAGUGUUCUUUAAAGAAUGACGGCUGAGGUUCAGUGUGCAAGUGCUCUACCAACAGAAUUCUGAGUAUGAUCGUUUAUGCGUUUGGCUGGUGUAAAUUGUGUUGGAGUGUCAUAAUCUUGGAUACGUAGUGUAUGUUGAUAAAAUUUUGUAAUACUGUAUGUAGUGCUUGUCUGGGGGGCAUAUGACGCCAUUUUGUCCUUGGUAGUAUUGGGCCAAUAUAUGAUUGGCCAUUUAUUUGUGUUCAAUUCAGCCCAAUUGAGGUGUGAAAAUAUUCAACAAGUACAUAUCUAUUAGUACUGUUGAUUCCUCUGUGUACAAUUUGUUCUAACUGUAUCAGUAUGCUCAUGUGGGAGUGCUUGACUAA